GAGCUCGUCUUGUACGGCCCGCGGCGGCAGGCCAGAGAUAGUGGACAUCUCUUAGUAAGAGUACAAGAGCGGCAGGCAGCGGGCGCAGCAUUCAGUUGCACGCCGAGGAGCUCCAUAGACUGUACGCCCCCGCCCCACCCCGCCGACGCCGAGUCACUCAUUGAGUCGGUCUGCACCGUCUCCUGGUCGAGAUGGCGGUCGUGCUGUGGCUCGUCCUUUUGCUCGUGGCGGUCGUCCUUCUCCGGCACUGGCGGCAGCAGAGGCACUUGAAAAACUUUCCUCCAGGUCCGCCGCGCUGGCCCGUGGUAGGCGCGCUGCCCUACAUCCCUGGCCAGCUGAUCCACCUGCACGCCCACAAGCACUGGCGGCACAAGUACGGGCCGCUGGUCGGGCUGGCCGCGGGGCCCCGGACCAUGCUGAUGGUGUGCGGCGGAGAGGAGGCGAUCGCCGUCCUCAACCACGACGACUGCCAGACCAGGCCGGGCGGCCAGGCCUUCAGGGAGCGCUCCUUCGGCAAGCCCCUCGGUAUCAUGUUUAGCGACGGCCCGUACUGGACGGCCCAGCGGCGCUUCACCCUCCGCGAGCUGCGCGACCUCGGCCUCGGCAAGAGCAAGCUGGAGGGCGUGGUGCUCGACGAGGUGGACGCCACCCUGGAGGCCAUCGAGCGGGACGGACCAGAACUGCAGCCCAACAAGAUGUUCAACUCCCCCGUGCUCAACGUGCUGUGGUGGAUGGUGUCGGGCAAGCCGUUCGCCCGCGGCACCGGCUCCGCGCUCGACCCGCAGAGCGUCCGCCUCCUCGACAUCAUGAACCGCGCCAUGCGCAACAAGCGCCUCGGCACGGCGGCCUGCGACCUCUGGCCCGUCCUCAAGUACAUCGCCCCCGAGAUGUCCGCGUACAACGAGAUCUACCAGCCCAUCUUCGACAUGCAGUCCUACAUCCGGGAGGAGAUCAAGAACCAGCGUCAGAACGGUACGGGCGACUCCUUAAUCGGAAAGUAUACAGAGGAAAUCAACAAGUCACAGCCUGGCAGUUACUUCGAUGAACAAAGCCUGAUCACCACCGUCCUCGACCUGUUCAUGGCUGGUGGGGAGUCCACCGCCAACACUCUGUCCUUCUGCCUGAUGUACAUGGCCAUGCACCCCGAGGUCCAGGCCAAGGUGCACGCCGAGCUGGACGCCGUCUGCAGCGGGGCCGACAAGGCCGUCACCAUGUCGGACAAGCCCAAACUGCCGUACGUGGAGGCCACCAUGUUCGAGGUGAUGAGAGCCAACACGAUCGCGCCCCUGGCCAUCCCCCACGAGGCCACGAAGGAGGUCGAGAUGAACGGAUACACCAUACCGCAGGGCACCACGAUUUUAAUCAGCAUUUGGGCCACCCUCAAUGACAAAAAACACUGGGGAGACCCCGAAGUGUUCCGCCCCGAACGCUUCAUCGACAGCCAAGGGUGUUUCCAGAAAGAUCCUUGGAUGGUUCCAUUCGGCAUUGGAAAGAGAGUGUGUAUUGGAGAAGGUUUCGCAAUUCAAGUGGCGUUCCUGUUCUUCGCAAAUCUGAUGAACCGAUUCCAGUUCUCUCUGCCCGCCGGCAGCCCCCCUCCGUCUACCAUACCUGAGGCUGGCUUCACUGUUGCGCCGCAGCCAUUUAACGUCAUCGCCAAACCUAGAUCUGCCUAGAGAUUUGUGAUUUGGGCAAUGUGUUACCAACCAUCUUA